AUGGCGGCGCCGGCAGCGUCCAGGUUCCGCUCCUCGGAGCCCGCUUUUGGCGAGGUGGCCCCUGAGGUCAUCGAGGAGACGUUGAUCCGUUUAGCUACGGAGAACGAGCAGUACCUGAGCGAGCUCUCGGGUCAGGCAGGCUGCUUCAAGGCGGCGCGCAUAGUGGAAUUUAUAUUUCUUUUGUCUGAAAAAUGGCACUUGGACCAACCAGCAAGGUAUCAAGCAGUAGAAAUACUUGAAAGGUUUAUGAUUAAACAAGUAGAACAAAUUUGUAAGCCCUCCAGCGAGGGCAGAAAAAGUAGUGAACAAGGAGGACAAUGGAAAGGCUGGAGCUCUCUGAAAGCUGAGAUAUAUGAUACAUUUGUUCUGCGACUUGUGUCAUGCGUUCAACUUGCAAGCAAACUUUCCUUACAUUAUAAUAUAGUUAACAGUGACACAGCUUUAAAAUUUCUGCAGUCCUUAAAAUACUCAUACACUAAGCAGGAACUGCUUGAGUCAGAACUUGCCAUUUUAAAAGCGCUGUGCUUCCAGAUCAACGUGUCAACUCCUUUGGCUUAUGUUGAAUUGCUUCUAGAGGUUUUAGGAUAUAAUGGCUGCUUACUUCCUGCAAAACCACUGCAUGAGAUGUGUAUGCAUCUAUUAGACUUCUCCUAUCUUACAAGAGAUGCCAUCUAUGAUACUUUGUUGAAGACUGCUAUUGAAAAUUCAACACCAAGCAAACUGCAGAUAGCAAAGUUUUUGACAGUCAAGGAAGAUUUCAUGCUUUUGGCAGUUGGAAUCAUCAGCACAAGUGCUUUCAUAUUAAACCCCAAGCACUGGAAUCAGGUUGUGGAGCAUUUAAACUGUAUCACUGGCAUUACUUCACAAAGUAUCUUAGAAUUUUCUUAUGCAAUAUUGAAACAUAUCAUUGGCAGUACCACUCCAAAGCAGCACUAUAGGAACAGUGGAACAAGAGCUUCAGAGAACAAAAUUAUACUUCUUAAGUAG